AUGCCAAUUUAUAUUCGAAGUCGAACGAGGCAUCUCAUGUUAAGUGAUGGCAUAUCGGGUCUUCGCAUAUCUCCAGCAAGCAAUAGAAUGGGCGCUACAGCUGAAAAUUCGGAUUAUAAUCGAAAUUAUUCUAUAAGUUUAAGUUCAAGUUUAAGUGAUAACGGUAAUGAAGCGUACAAUGUUAGUCAAUAUGUACAAAAUGCACAAGCAAUAUCUUCUAAUAUUAUGACAGCAUCUAAUGAAGAAAUUAGCGCUUAUGAAAAUUAUCAUGAUGAUGAAUAUGAUAAUAUAAACGAAUUAAAUGAUUUUCAAGAAAAUGUUUUGCAACAAUCUCCAUCACUUUACCAUGGCUGUCGUUUUUCAACAGUUACAACACUUAAAAUGUUAAUGGACUUUUUAAUAUCUCGAGUUAGUUUAGAUAAAAGCAAUAUCAUUAAUCUAAUGAAGUUGAUAAAAAAGAUAUUACCUAUUCCAAACACUUUACCUAUAUCAUGGAAAUCAAUAAUGAAAUUAUUCGGAAAAGUCAAUUUGCCAUCGACAACAUUUAUAUGUUCGAAAUAUUUGAAUGAAUGUGAAAAAACAGCGUUUAAUACCAAGAAUUGUACGAAUGAUCGUUGUUCAUUAUGCAAGAGAACAUUAAAAACAAAUGAAAUUGUGGAAGUCGUAAAUCUUGAUGUUCGUACUCAAUUAAAAUCAAUUAUUACUCGGAAUAUUAAUUUAAUGAAACAAAAGUAUAAUUUAUUUCCACCCUCUGAUAUAACAUCAGCUUCUUUUUAUAAAUCAACAACUUCAAAAACAAAGUUUAACACCAUCACGAUUAGGGGUGUCACAUUUAAAUUCAAAAAAAUNUCAAACUAA